UGUAAAAAGCAAAAUGGUGGCUCAGAAAAAACAGUGGGAUGGUUUUUCUUCAGGAAUUACAUCUUGGUGUUCUUUUCAGAAAUGGAAAUAUAAGAAACAGUGUAACGUUCUUUUAGAAAAAGACGAUUGAGAGUAUCAACUCCCGUCUUGCUCUUGUUAUGAAAUCGGGGAAGUACGUACUGGGUUACAAGCAGACCCUGAAAACUUUAAGGCAAGGCAAAGCCAAGUUGGUAAUAAUUGCCAACAACACCCCACCAUUGAGGAAAAGUGAAAUUGAAUAUUAUGCAAUGCUGGCCAAAACAGGUGUUCACCAUUACUCUGGUAAUAACAUUGAGCUAGGAACUGCUUGUGGAAAAUAUUUUAGAGUCUGUGCUUUAAGUAUCACAGAUCCAGGUGACUCGGAUAUUAUUAGGAGUAUGCCAACAGAGCAACAAUAAAAAAGAAAGAAAAUUAGUGUACAUUUGCUGUUACAAAUAAAGUUUGAUAUUGUCUAAAA